AUGAAGGAUUCCGAGGAAUACACUCAUUUGCAAAUCUAUUUGGUUUUCACGAGACACGCAACUGAAUCUCUUCUUUAUGAUAGUCUGCGACUGAAUGUGCUGCACAAAGGUCGCUUCAUGAUUCAGUUGGCACGAUAUUCAAGAGAUCGCAGUAUAUUUUCAUAUAGGAAACUACUCGAGGACUGCACCGACCUGAUGGGCGAAACCGGUCGUGGGCUGUCGAAGAGUUUUCAGCAACCUUGUGAAAACGAAGGAUUCACUUUGGUUUCCCUUGAACGCAGUGUUACCACGUCGUGGGCUGUCGAAGAGUUUUCAGCAACCUUGAACUACGACUGUGAUAAACCUCGCGACAAUCAAUUUUCCGCAUGUCCACUGCAGAAACAGCUGGCUGCUACCAGCAAAGUUGCGUUUUCUGGAACCGUACUAAAUUCGGCAACUUGUGUGAUGCUCAAAGACAAUCUCUCUCAAGAACGGUUGGAUUAUGCUCAGGUAAUCAAAGCAAUUGAGCCACUGCUCAUUUUGGGACAGAAGCUCAAACCGAGGGAUGGGAACGGCGGGAAUAACGGUCGAGAAAUGCUUCCUGAUUUGUACCGUGUCUGUGUUCUUUUUCAGCGAAACCAACAACGCGGGCCGCGUAAGAUGCGGUUAAAUCGCCUGACAACUGAAAGACUGACGGCGAACUUAUCAGAAUCUCAUAACAGAGUCUCUUCCAGGUGCUAUCUCAUCAGAUGUGAAUUCAUACUGGGUCAAGAUCGCCACCAGUCUGCACAGCGCUGGAACUUUUGCUUCCGGCGCGGAGCUACCAGGCGUACUCAAGCACUGGAUAUCAGAGCGAAGAGUAGCAUUGCUUAA